GAAAACUUUUAAUAAUAAUAAUAAUAAUAAUAAUUAAAGAUCAAUCAAACUAUCUAUAUUCAUUCAUAUGCAAUAAGAAAAAUCAAAUCAAAUUUCCCUAAGUGCCAACAAACAUGGCUGGUGGAGGAUUUACAACGAGUGCAGGGGAUGCACAUUAUGAAGCUAAGAUCACAGUAACUGUCAUAAUCUCUUGCAUUAUGGCUGCUACCGGUGGUCUUAUGUUUGGUUAUGAUAUUGGAAUUUCAGGGGGUGUGACAUCAAUGCCUCCCUUCUUGAAAAGUUUUUUCCCAGAUAUAUACCAAAGGACACAAGAAGCAUCAUCUGUUGAAAGCAAUUACUGCAAAUAUGACAAUCAAAAGCUUCAGUUAUUCACAUCAUCUCUUUACCUUGCAGCCUUGGUAGCUUCCAUGGCUGCUUCCCCUGUAACCAGAAAGCUAGGUCGCAAACAAACUAUGUUAGUUGCUGGAAUUCUCUUCAUUUUUGGCACUGCCGUAAGUGCCUCUGCUGGCACCCUUAUCCUCCUCAUUUUAGGCAGAAUCUUACUUGGUUUUGGUGUUGGUUUCGCCAAUCAGGCUGUGCCAGUGUUUCUAUCUGAGAUAGCACCUACAAGAAUUCGUGGAGCACUCAACAUUUUGUUCCAGCUGAACAUCACAGUAGGAAUUCUGAUAGCAAAUCUUGUGAAUUGGUUUAUGUCAAAACUGGAGGGUGGAUAUGGGUGGAGAAUUUCAUUGGCUGGAGCAGGAGUUCCUGCAGUUAUGUUAACAUUGGGGUCAAUCAUAGUGGAUGAUACCCCAAACAGUCUCAUUGAAAGAGGUAAAGAGGAAGAAGGGAAAGCUGUGCUAAAAAAGAUUCGUGGUGUUGAAAAUGUUGAUCCUGAGUUUCAUGAUAUUCUUAAAGCUAGUAAAGUUUCUGUAGCUGUUAAAAGUCCCUUCAAGGACCUUCUCAAGCCCCACAAUCGUCCUCCAUUGACCAUUGCCAUCUUUAUGCAGGUAUUCCAACAAUUCACCGGUAUCAAUGCAAUCAUGUUCUAUGCUCCAGUAUUGUUCAACACCUUAGGAUUUCACAGUGAGGCUUCUCUUUACUCAUCAGUGAUCACGGGAGGUGUGAAUGUUUUGUCAACCUUAGUGUCUGUCUAUUUUGUGGACAAAGUUGGUAGGAAAGUGCUCCUAUUAGAAGCAUGUGUACAAAUGUUUGUGUCACAAGUUGUAAUUGGCACAGUUCUUGGUUUGAAACUCCAAGAUCAUUCAGAUAGCUUGGGUAAAGGGUAUGCAAUGUUGGUGGUUGUUCUGGUAUGCACUUUUGUUGCAUCAUUUGCUUGGUCGUGGGGUCCACUUGGUUGGUUAAUUCCUAGUGAGACAUUUCCUUUAGAGACAAGAUCAGCUGGACAGAGUGUGACUGUGUUCACAAACAUGCUCUUCACAUUUAUUAUUGCACAAGCUUUCUUGUCCAUGUUGUGUACCCUCAAGUUUGGGAUUUUCUUGUUUUUCUCUGCUUGGGUGUUUGUUGCGUCACUUUUCACUGUCUUCUUGAUUCCAGAGACAAAGAAUGUCCCAAUUGAAGAUAUGGCUGAGAAGGUUUGGAAACAACAUUGGUUCUGGAAGAAAUAUAUGAGUUAUGCAGAUUAAACCCAUAUAUAUGAGUAUUAAAUAUUCAAUCUUAAUUACGUGCUUGCUACAUGCCUCUCACAUACAACAAACUCUAACUUUGAUUCCAAUCCUUCUUCAGAAAAACAAUAAAAACUUUAAUUCACCUCACCUUAACAUUUUCAGUCAGAUAGGCCCUUAUAAAAGGGGUAACACUGUCAUUACCUAUUUAUUUCUUUUCUUUUAAUGGGAAAUUUAGAAUAGAGGAUAUAUACUCUCUAUUGAGGGUUUAGGGAGAAUCAUCUACCUCAACUAUAGUUUAUGUAUGUAUACCGUAGAAAAUUCAUAUUUGAACCGAAAUCAAUAAUUAGAGUUACUUAAAAGUCCGAUUAUGACAAUUUUUUUUUUUGUCUUUUCAAUCGGACAUGUAUUCCCCUCUCUCAUUUUUUUUUUUGACUCAAUGUAUUUUUCUCUUUCAUGUAAAUACGGCA